AUGUGGAUCGAGGCUGUGGAAAAUCACAUAUUCUGGAUCCUACAAGAAGGGACACUAGAAUCAGUCUCCUGUGCUGUUCUAAUGUCCAUUGCAUACCUUCUAGAAUCCAAGACGCAGCUCUCCUUCACCAUGUCCGGACUAGGAUCGCGAGCGGCGCAGGUAAUGGGCAUUCAUGACGAGACCACGUGGGGACCCCUUGAUCCCAUUGAGGUACAGGUGCGCCGACGAGUUUGGUGGUCCAUCUACAUGGUCGAUGUUUAUGUCGCACAAGCGUACGGGAAGCCAUCGAUCCUCCCAACGGUGCAGUUCAACGUUUCCGAGCCGGAAGACCUAGAUGAUACACUAGCUACCUGCCCAGGGAUCGGGUCCUACGAGGUUCGACAAGAUGGCACGUUCAAGCCUGUGACUAUUUUCUCGUACAACCGCUACAAAGCACAGCUGUACUCGAUUGCCGACCCAACGGCGCAUAGUAUACGUCUGCCUCAUAUCAAACGAACCUAUGCUCGCCUCCUCGAUUGGGAGAAGACCGUUCCGCGAGAACUCAAGCUUGACAGCUUUUGCAAAGAUCAGACCAUGGUUAACGACGCUGCUCUGCGUGUUUUUUCCCUGCAGGCGUUAACGCUACAGGUGACGUAUGAUUAUAAACACCUAAUAUUGUUUCGCCCGUUCCUUCUCAGUAAGAAGUACCUCAGUGUCCGACUACAUGACGGUCCGAUCGAAACGCAAGAUGGGUCGGAUACCACGAUCCGUGACCAAUUAUUCACUUCUGCAUUACGCAUGUCUAGUAUCUGUCAAUGGCAAAAUAUCUUAUUCAUCCUUGGAAAUACCACCUCUGCCGUUCAACUGUGUUUCCAGUGCUUCACGGCGGGUGUGGUGCUGGCGAUGCUGGCCUUGUCUGAACUGUCCUCCCCGCGACUGCCUGAAUGCAAACAAGGGCUGGCCCGUCUGAUUAAAUCCCUAGAAGUGGCAGGUGCAGGUAGUCCAUUAUCCCGACAGAGUGUUGAUAUUUUGAUGGAAGCCAUGCAUCUCAUCUCGGCCGAGGAAGUCAAGGAGCUGGUCUCCCGGGCGGGCAAACCGGAGCAAGAUGUACGCGGUAUCUUACCAACAGCAGAUUCAGCCACAUGGUCGGCAGAUGGCCGUGGGACUAUCGAUCCACGGUAUGGAAUUCAGCAGCCAGAUGUGGUGCAUGGACAAGAGAUAUGGGAGGAGCUGGAAUUGAUGCCGGAUGAGAGCGAGCCAGAAAUACUCAACUCUAUCUCUCUGUACCAAUCGCUUGCGUCUUUGUUCUAA